AUGUCCAUCCAAGUAUCGGAAAUGUCCAAAACCUACCAAUAUCGCAAGGUGAUGAAACCAAUGUUGGAGCGCAAACGACGCGCGCGCAUCAACAAGUGCUUGGACGAGUUGAAAGAUUUAAUGGUCGUCACAUUGGAGUCGGAGGGUGAACAUGUCACACGCCUGGAGAAGGCCGAUAUCCUUGAGCUGACCGUUGCCCAUCUGCAAAAAUUAAAACAACAACGCAAGACGGCCGCCUCUAAGGGUGGCGCCAUGUCACAAGCUGAGGGCUUCCGUUCCGGUUACAUACACGCAGUCAAUGAAGUGUCACGCUCAUUGUCACAACUGCCCGGUGUCAAUGUGAAUCUUGGCACCCAACUGAUGACACAUCUUGGUCAGCGUUUGAAUCAACUGCAGCCCGCCGUACAGACACCAACGCCCAUCACCGCCCCAUUAUCCGUACACAUUGUCAAUAAUAUGGCCGGCCGUGCACAUUAUUCUGUGCCCAUUUCGCCCAUCUCAAGUUGCAAUGGCAGUCCCAAUUCGAGCGUCAGCAGUGAGAAACAUAGUAAUAGCAGCAUCAGCCAGAGCCUUCUCACCACUUAUAGUGGUCAUUCACCCAUCGAUGUCAGCAUUGGCAGUAAUGCGGCACAGGCAGAGGAGGAAGAUGUCUGGCGACCAUGGUAG